AUCCCUGACCAGGGGCGGAGCCAGUGCGGGCCCAGUGACGGUCUUGGCCCGCCAUUAAUUUUGGCCUGCACUCAGGUCCGGUAUAAAAUUUGGAAACCCUCCCUCAGUCCCCUCUCGCUCAAGCGCCCCCUCCCUGCCUGCCCUUCUCCCUCUCUCGCUGCCGGCUGCGGGCUCUGCCCCUCUGCAUCCCUCCAUGGAGUGCAGGAAGUUCGAGCUGACCUUGAUCUCUGCAAAUGAUCUGGAAGAAGUGAGAAAACUGUUCAAGAUGAAGGUUUACGCUAGGGUUUCCAUUGGGGGCAACCAGGAGACGGAGAAGAGAACCCCAGCGGACAGGCAUGGCGAGGCGAAUCCAGCAUGGAACUUGACCAUGAAAUUUACGGUCCCGGAGUCUUGUCUACAACACUAUGGUGCCAUGCUUCUUAUCAAGCUCUACUGCAAGCGGAAGCUCGGCGACCGGUACAUUGGCGAGGUCUACGUGCCGAUGAAGGAGCUCUUUGACCAGGCCUACGCACGCGGCGGCAGCAGGGUCGUGGACUACCCGGUGAGGAGGGGAUCGCUCAACUCCCAGGGGCUGCUCAGGUUUGCUUAUAGGUUUGGACAGUGUGUGGAUGUGGAAAAGCUUGUCUUGGCUGAGGGUUUUGCGUACUGGCAGUAGGUGUGUUGAUUAAUGGCGGCUAUAUGCAACCGUAAGGCUGUGUAAAUGCUAGGCUUCUUCUUCUUCUUCUUGGGUUGUGGACUGGAAAUUAUGUACUUAAUUAGAAUAGAAUAAAUCAUAACUGAGGGAUGAAUCUAUUAUUGAUCAUAGUAAGGUUUAAUUUCGACUAAUAGUUGUGUUUGAAAUAUGAAAAGGUUUGUGAUAUAUGAUUAUUAUAAUUAUUAUUGUUGAUUUUAA